AUGCCUCCUUUAUUGACCAGAGGGGUCGCGCUGGGCACAUCUGGAGACUUCUGCGUGGACACGUCAUGGCGAACUUCUUUUUACUUGAAGGAAAAGGACGCUGGUGAGAUGAGUCUGCAGAACUUCCACGAGGAAGAGCCAAAAUGCUUCCCGUCGUCACCAAACAACAGUGUCGGUGACACUUCAAGCUCAGAGAGCGACGUCGGAGAGGACAGCGAAGGAGAAUUUACCCAGCGGCGGAGGAGGAGGCCCAAGUUCACCUCAGAGCACAUCAAUAAACUCGUGAGCAGCUUCAACAAGCACAAAUAUUUGGGAACCUCCAAGAGGAGGAAGCUUGCCGAGAAGCUCAACCUCUCCGAAACUCAGGCGAAGACGCGGUUUCAGGACAGGAGGACGACAUCGAAACGAGAGGUGCACGAGAUGCGUGCGGACUUGCCGCCAGUCCUGUUUCAGCACCAUGUCCUCGGAGGACAGCUCCACCACAGCAGUGCCUUCUCUGCGCCCUUCCACAAUGUCCGCCCCUGCCUUGCACCGGCACAAAAUCAUCAUGUCCCGGCCCUUCUACUGACCUGCGUGGGCUCGAAAUGA